CCUGGAUUGUACUACGUUGCACAUUUAAUCCUACAAGCAAUGAGCGGGCUGGCAAGAAACAUACAACCCUUGAAAGAACACAAUCGGAAGAGAAUUUACAGUCCACGGUCCAGGACAGGAUGUCGAACCUGUCGUCUUCGCCAUGUAAGGUGUGAUGAAUCUGCAGGCGCAUGUACAAACUGUACCUCCACUGGCCGGUCUUGUCCAGGGUAUGAGCGCCGGCUGCCUUUGACACGCAAAGCCAUCCGUGGUGUACAUUUAUAUCCACCCGUGGCUAGUGUGUCUCACACAGCUAUGACCUCGGACGAGCGACGAUGCUUCUCCUACUAUCAAUAUUAUACAGUUCCUACCCUUCUUAGAUUCUUUGACUCACUGGUAUGGCAAACUUUUGUCCUCCCGGUUAGUAGUAUAGAGCCAGCUGUCUUCCAUGCGCUAGUAGCUCUAAGUGCAGUGCACCAGAACGUGGAGAUGGACAAAAACCUACCGGUGACGGCCGGUAGCCAUAGCGAUUGGCAACACUUCGCAUUGGAACAGUUAGGGCGGUCAUUCGCACUUCUGAGAAGCCGUUGUACUUCUCAGGACCCUGUGAUAACGGAAGUGGUUCUUGUUUGCUGCUUGCUUUUUCUCACACUGGAGUUUAUAUUAGGAGAGUAUGAUAACGCAUUCAAGCAUCUUCAACACGGUGUACAGAUUUUGAGCGAGGUGAAGGCACAGGCGAAGGACCGCUUGCAUCCGCCUAUAGAGAAAUGUUUGCUCAUGGCAUUCGCCCACCUUGAAGUUCAAGCCUCCUACUUCGGGGCCCCAGGCCCAACACUCGGUUGGGAUAGUGAGCUGGAAUGCUGUUCGUUGGGCCCCACCCCUCAGCUGCAGCUGCAUAGUGUACAAGAAGCGCGUCACCAUUUGGAACCCAUGAUGAGCGCUGUUGUGGGGUUGGAUGGGCUUGCUCUAAAUUUCUCAGAUGAGGAUAUUGAAUCAAACUAUCACGCAGUACUGCAAUCAAGACAGUUACACAUCAUUUCACUGCUAAAGCAAUACUCUCAGGCGCUCAAGGCCUUUCGCCGAGAGGCAUACUUCUCGCUCAAACCCAAGGACCGAAGAGGGCUUGGUUUACUUGAGUUAAUUCAGAUUAGCUUGAGCUUAAGAAUGGAAAUGCCCUUUAAUCACCUGUCUUGCAAUGAUCCGCAGUUGAACGACUACACCCCGAAGUUCCUGACCAUCCUGUCUCUUGCGGAAAAAAUUCCGAGCGAGAACUCAGAUCUCCCAAGCAUCAGUAUGGACACCGGCGUUAUUCCUCCCCUAUACUUCGUGGCACAGAGAUGUCGUGACUACAGUGUUCGUUGGCGCGCAAUUGGGGUACUCCGUUCCUGUGGCCAUCGGGAAGGGCCAUGGGAUUCGAGUCUUUUGGCUCGUAUAGCCAUAGAGACUAUGAAACUUGAAGCGGCGGUAACAGCUGAACGGGAUUGUGACGACAUUCCGAGAGACUAUACGCAGGAACGCCCUCCCCAUUGUAAAGACUAUAUAAUAAUAUCAGAUGAUUGGCGAUGGGGGCGUAUACCAUACAGGGUUGGUAAGUCCGUGAAAGAAUGGUGGUUCAGCCUCGAGAAGGAGGACUCCGGCGUGCCAAACGCCUUUACAUGCAAAACUGGCACUGCAGGCUGGAUCCGUGUUUUGCUUAGCCCUCUUACCUUUUCUAUUCCUCGGCAUCAGCGCCUUCUCUGUGCGCUGCGGAAAUCGAUAAUUUGGCAGCCUGCCGUCGGAUUCGCGGCGCCCGACACUUGA